AGCUAAGGUCGCGAGAAACUGCGAGAUUUUUGUAUACAUUUGUCAUAAAUAGAAUAAAAUCAAGUUUCUACCGAGUAUUACAUCAAGUUCGUAUCAGUAUAACCGUCCAUACCAAUCUAUGAAUAGGAUAUGAUACGGCUUUAGAAGGAAUUUAUCCGAUUGAUCAACUAUUUACUUUUAAAAUAUAUUUUAAAAUUUUCGCCUGAUAACGUAAGAUCUGUAAUGGGUGCACUGAAAUCAAAAUUUUUCAAGAUCGCCAAAAGGUCACGUAAAACGAAUUCAGAGUCUACAUGUCAGAGAUCAGAAUCUAUUGAACGAUCCUCGGAGAAAUUUUCAUUAAAGAUCUUCAAAAAACUAAAGCAUCCCAACUGUACGACUACCACUGUUGUUCGAGGAGUACCUCAUAUGAUUCGGCAAUUCGAAGUAUCAAUUGAUGAUUCAGAAGAUGACUCUCUAACAGGUCUAGUAACGACUCACUUUAGAGUUGACGUUACUCCAAUUGUUGUAGAAUUUAACUCGAAGACAAAUGGACCAGUUCAUACGCAAAUUGAUUAUGUUCACUGCCUAGUUCCCGAUUUGUUGGAUAUUACGAAUUGUCCUUACUAUUGGGGAGAUAUGGACCGUUAUGAAGCGGAAAAAGAGUUGUUAUCGAAGCCAGAGGGUACUUUUCUACUAAGAGACUCUGCUCAGGAAGAUUUCCUAUUUUCUGUCUCUUUUAGACGAUAUUGCCGAACUCUUCACGCAAGAAUUGAACAGUUUGAUCAUCAUUUCAGUUUCGACUCAUUAGAUUCAGGAGUCUACCAAUCAAAAACGGUAUGCGGUUUGGUAGAACACUAUAAAGAUCCCGAGUGUUGCAUGUUCUUCGAACCGAUGCUUACCGUUCCUCUUUUCCGUCAAAAUCCUUUUUCAUUGUGUCAUCUAGCAAGAGCCGCUAUAGUUAAUUGCAUGAAAUAUGUCGAUAUUCAACAUCUACCUUUGCCAGCCAAACUACGGGAAUAUUUAAAAUAUUAUCACUACAAACAAAAGAUGAAAGUUCAUAGACUAGAUAAAGAAUUCGAAGGGAUUGACGAAGCUGCAAGAUGUGUGCGAUAUGUUGAUAAAAUUUAA